AUGGAAACUAAAGUUGACAAUUUGCAAAUUGAAGCGGAACUGCUGGGACUUUUAUUCAUUGAACCAGCCUUAAUUGACAAGGUGCGUGGCUAUCUCCAGGUCGAAGACUUUGAACAGGAGAAACACCGCGUAAUUUACCAAGCAAUUCUCCAGCUGCUCCAAGACAACGUGGAAAUCGAACAGUCGCUCGUUCUCCAAGAAAUUCUCAACACAGUUAAGACCCACCAGACGUUCCAAAACACGACAGCCCAAACCUACUUGUCCCAACUGAUUGACUUAGCCGGGAUCCGGACUAAUUUGGACAAGUACGUCCGCGAAAUCGCUAAACGCUCGCAACGCCGCAAAAUUAAAGCCAUGCUUAAGCGCGUUAACCAAAAAAUCACCGAUGAAAGACAAGACCCGGACGAUUUAAUCCAGGAGUUCCAACGAGAAAUUUCGCAAAGCCGCAGUUUUGAAUACCGCGAUUUUGUGGGUGCUGAAAAAAUUAUUGAGAGAACCAUCUACGAAAUCGAGCAAAAAGUCAGCGGAAAAACCGUCUCCGGUCUACCAACCGACUUUCCUUCCUUUGAUGAAUUAACUUUGGGAUUUCAAAACGGUGACCUAAUCAUUGUGGCGGCGCGUCCUUCAAUGGGAAAAACUGCGUUUGCUUUAAACGUCGCAACUAACAUCGCUAAGCACAAGCGGGUGGGAAUAUUUUCGCUAGAAAUGUCGUCAGUGCAACUUUUCAACCGCAUCUUAGCUUCGUUUAGUUUUAUCCACGGCAACAAAAUUCGUCACCCCAAAAACUUAACUCCCAACGAAACGCGCAAAAUGUACGUCGCUACACGCGAAAUCAAAAAGUUAAAUUUAUGA